AUGUCACCACUUUCCCCUCAGCCAGCACCUCCCUUCCCGCCUCCGUUCCCCCUCACCGCCCUUCCCCCUCGGUCACCGCCUAACUCCUCCCGGACAGCCACUCCCUUCCCCCUCUCACAUCACCGCCCUUCUCCCUCUCACAGAACCUCCCUCACCCCUCUCACCUCACCUCCCUUCCCCCUCCCUAGGCACCUCUCUUCCCCCUCUCCCAUCGUUGCAUUCCCCCCACACCUCUCGUCCCCAUCUCUCAGCACCUCCAUUCCCCCUCUCACUGCACUACCAUCCCCCCUCUGUCCUCUCAACCUUCCCCCUGUCACUGUACCUCCCUUCCCCCUUUGUCCUCACCUCCCUUGCCACUAUGACAUCGCUUCCCCCUCUCUAAGCACCUCUCUUCCCCAUCUCACAUCGUUGCACCGCCCCAGCCAGCACCUCACAUCGUUGCAUUGCCCCAGCCAGCACCACCCUUCUCACCCCCAGACCCCCCUCCCUAAGCACCUCUCACCUCUUGCCCCCCUCCCACCACCUUCUCUCCCAUCUCUCAGCACCUCCCUUCCCCCUCUGACCUCACCUUCAUUUCCCCCUCCCCUCACAUCCCAUCCCCCCUCUGACCUCACCUCCAUUCCCCCUUCCCUCACCUAUCUUCAACCACUCACCUCCCCUCCCUCCACCCUCUCACCUCAUGUCCCUCCCCCCUCCAUAAGCACGACCUCUGCCCUCUCCUCCUUCCCCCUCUCAGCGCACCUUCUCCCCCCCUCUGUCCUCUCCUUCUUUCCCCUAUCAUAUCACCUUCCUUCCCCCCUCUGUCCUCGCCUUCAUUCCCUUAUCGUCGCACAUUCCUUCCCCCCUCUGUCAUCGCCCUCUUUCCCCUAUCGUAGAACCUUCCAUCCCCCCUCUGUCCUCUCCUUCUCCCCCCCUCUGUCCUCUCCUCCUUCCCCCUCUCAGUGCACCUUCUCCCCACCUCUUUCCUCUCCUCCUUCCCCCUCUCAGUGCACCUUCUCCCCAUCUCUGACCUCUCCUCCUUCCCCCUCUCAGUGCACAUUCUCCCCAUCUCUGUCCUCUCCUCAUUCCCCCUCUCAGUGCACAUUCUCCCCAUCUCUGUCCUCUCCUCAUUCCCCCUCUCAGUGCACAUUCUCCCCACCUCCGUCCUCUCCUCAUUCCCCCUCUCAGUGCACAUUCUCCCCAUCUCUGUCCUCUCCUCAUCCCCCCUCUAAGUGCACAUUCUCCCCACCUCUUUCCUCUCGUCCUUCCCCCUCGCACCUCCUCCCCCCCUCUUUCCUCUCCUCCUUCCCCCUCUCAGCGCACCUUCUCCCCCCCUCCGUCCUCUCCUCCUUCCCCCUCUCAGAGCAGGCGCAAUACGCGUCCCGAGGCACCUCUCUUCCCCCUCUCACAUGGUUGCCUUGCCCCCUGCCAGCACCUGCCUUCCUGCCUCCCAUCCCCCACCGACUCCGCCCAUUUCCUCACGGCCCUUACCCCCCUUUUCACUCUCUCGGCACCUCCCUUCCCCAUCUCAUCGCAACUCCCUUCCCCCCUCUCACAUCACCUCCCUUCCCCCCUCUGACCUUUCCUUUGUUCCCCCUUCCCUCACCUCCCCUCCCUUACCCCUCCCGAAGCACUUAUCCAUCCCCUCUAACCUCACCUCCCUUCCCCCUCUGGCAGCAUCCCCCUUUCCCCCUCUCGCAGCACCUCCCUUCCCCCUCUCACAGCACCUCCCUUCCCCCACCCUCCUCACCUCCCUUCCCCCACCCACAGCACCUCCCUUCCCCCUCUCACAGCACCUCCCUUCCCCCACCCACAGCACCUCCCUUCCCCCUCUCACAGCACCUCCCUUCCCCCACCCACCUCACCUCCCUUCCCCCUCUCACAGCUCCUUCCUUCCCCCUCUCACAGCUCCUCCCUUCCCCCUCUCACAGCACCUCCCUUUCCCCACCCACAGCAUCUCCCUUCCCCCUCUCACAGCUCCUCCCUUCCCCCACACACAGCAUCUCCCUUCCCCCUCUCACAGCUCCUCCCUUCCCCCUCUCACAGCUCCUCCCUUCCCCCUCUCACAGCACCUCCCUUCCCCCACCCACAGCAUCUCCCUUCCCCCUCUCACAUCUCCUCCCUUCCCCCUCUCACAGCUCCUCCCUUCCUCCAUUCCGCUUCUCAUUCCGCCUCUAA